CAUCUCAGAUCCAUUCACACACAAACACUCACGGGAAAGCGAGAGAGGGAAGCUUGAUCGGUACCGAUGGAGGCGACGGCGUUGAGCAUCGGCAAGUCCGUGCUGAGCGGGGCCCUUGGCCUCGCCAAGUCCGCCGUUGCGGAGGAGGUGGCCCUGCAGCUGGGAGUACAGCGCGACAAGGCCUUCGUCACGGACGAGCUGGAGAUGAUGCAGUCUUUCUUGAUGGUGGCGCAUGAUGAGCAAGGUGAGCACAACAAGGUGGUCAGGACCUGGGUGAAGCAGGUCCGCGACGUUGCCUAUGAUGUCGAGGAUUCUCUCCAGGAUUUUGUCGUUCGUGUGGACAGACAGUCUUGGUGGUGCAUCCCUCGCACGGUUCUCGAUCGUCGCCAUGUUGCCAAGCAGAUGAAGGAGCUAAGGACCAAGGUCGAGGACGUGAGCCAGAGGAACUUGCGCUACGGCCUCAUUAAGGGCUCUAGCUCCAAUCAGCCUGCUACUGAUGCAGCUAAUGAUGCUGCCAUAUUUGGUGUUGAUGAAGCAAGGCACGCCGCAAAGCAACACCAGGCAAGAUCGGAUCUGGCCCAUUUGAUCAACAACGAAGGUGACGACCAAAUUGGAGUGAUCGGCGUAUGGGGAACAAGCAGCAGUGUUGGGCAUACCUCCAUCAUCUGCGAGGCCUAUGAGAAUCCAAUCACCAAACAGAAUUUUCCAUGCCGAGCAUGGGUGAGAGUGAUGCACCCUUUCCAUCCAACACAAUUUGUCAAGAGUAUGGUGAGACAGUUUCGCGCAGCAGUAGGGGUUGGUGUUCUGCUGGAGUGGGAAAGGACGGGGCAAGAGCUGACUCAUGACUUUAAUGGAUAUGUCCAUGAAAAUAGGUACCUAAUUGUGCUUACUGACUUGUCCAACAUUGAAGAAUGGCACCAGAUCAAGACUUGCUUCCCUGAAAACAAUCUAGGGAGCCGAGUCAUAGUGUCCACGGAGCAAGUUGAAGUUGCAAGUUUAUGCACAGGCCAAGCAAGUGUAGUGUCAGAGCUGAAGCAAUUGUCUGCUGAUCAGACCAUAUAUGCUUUCUACCAGCAGAGUUCUCAAGAUGCAAUAUAUUCAUCAACGAUAAAGUCUAGCUCAACGUCACCCUUCAUCGCUGAUAAUGAGAUACAAGAAGACCAAUCUAAGAUGGAUGUUGAUGGAAAUAUGUUGGUGCAAGAGAUACUCACACGCUCAAACACGAUGGCAGGUGUCUUACAGGAAUUCCAGCUUAUUGGGCGUGAGAAAGAAAAAUCUGAUAUCAUUAAACUAAUUCAAGAAGAAGCUAGUACCCAACAAUUGGAGGUGAUCGUCGUGUGGGGAAUGGGUGGCCUUGGAAAAACCACUCUGAUCAAAGAUAUUUAUCAGCAACAAGAGGUCACUAACAUGUUUGAUAAAUAUGCUUUCGUCACUGUAUUACGGCCUUUCAAGCUUGAGGAACUCCUUAGGAGCUUGGCAUUGCAACUAGAUGAAAAGAAGGGGGUCAUGGACUUUGCGGGUGACACCCAAAAAAAUAUUGCUUCGAUGAGAGUUGCAGACUUGAUUGAAGUGUUGCGCAGGCGUUCACAAGGAAAGAGUUGCUUGGUUGUUCUCGAUGACCUCUCAUCUAUCACCGAAUGGGAAAAACUAUUGCCAAGUUUACAUGCAAUGAAAAAUCUAAGCUUGGUCACUCUAAUCACCACGAGGCGAGAGGAUAUUGCUAAUCAUUGUUGCAAUAAGCCGAAGUGCAUAUGCUUGCUUAACGGUCUAGAAGAAAUGGAAGCAUGUAAGCUCUUCACGAAGAAGGUAUUCAACAAUGAGGCUACAGAUUUGGCUAAGCACUAUCCUGAGUUGGUUGAACCUGCGAAACUGAUUCUAAAAAAGUGCAGUGGGCUUCCCCUUGCGAUAGUCACUAUAGGUGGCUUAUUGGCAGAGCAGCCAACAAAAACUGCCGCGGAGUGGAGGAAACUGAAUGAGCGUAUCAGUGUUGAGAUGGAAAUGAAUCCAAAGUUUGAGCCCAUAAAAACUGUCCUCAUGAAAAGUUAUGAUGGCCUACCCUAUUAUCUCAAGUCUUGUUUCUUGUAUCUGUCCAUCUUCCCUGAAGAUCGCAAUGUUAGCCGGAGACGCUUGGUUUACCGAUGGAUCGCUGAAGGUUACGCGCGAGAUAGGUCCACUGCGGAUAGAUAUUUCAUUGAACUCAUGGAGAGAAGUAUGAUAUUACCAACUCAACAAUCAGUUUGCAGUAUACAAGUAAUCGACUCCUGCCAGCUACAUGAUCUGAUCCGUGAUAUCAGCAUAGCAAAGUCAAUCGAGGAAAACCUUGUUUUUAGGUUGGAGGAAGGCUGCAGCUCGAACACGCAUGGUGCAGUGCGUCACCUUGCCAUAAGCAGCAACUGGGAGGGAGAUGAGUGUGAGUUGGAGAGCACCGUGGAGCUGUCCCGUAUACGGUCAUUGACAGUGUUUGGCAAGUGGAAGCCAUUUUACAUUUCUGACAAGAUGAGAUUUCUUCGUGUGCUGGACCUGGAUGGGACAAAAGGAUUAGAAAGUCAUCACCUUGAGCACAUCGGGAAGCAUUUGCAUCUGAGAUACCUUUCUCUCAGAGGCUGUGAGAAAAUCUUUUUCCUCCCUGAUUCCGUGGGUAACCUGAGACAACUUGAGACACUAGACAUUAAGGAGACAAGUAUAGGUAUGCUGCCCAAAACCAUCAUCAACCUUAGUAAGUUAUGUUAUCUCCACUCUGGUACAAUAUCUGUAACGACAAAAGAGAGAAAUUGUUAUACAAAGUGUCAAGACAUUUGGAAAAUGCAAUGUGAUUUAUGUGCAGCGGGCAUAGAUGCGCGUGGUGUUAGGAUGCCAAGAGGGACUGGAAAGCUGAAGGCCCUGCAUACACUGCGGUAUGUGCACCUUGCCUGGGGAAAUGCCGUUAUAAAAGAGAUAAAAGGUCUCACUGGCCUGCGGAAGCUAGGAGUGGUCGGUAUCAACAAAAUAAAUGGCCCGGUCUUCUGUUCAGCCAUUUCCAGUUUCAGCCGCCUUGAAUCGCUUUCAGUGCUGUCAGAUGCCGGUUUAAUUGGUUGUUUGGAUGGCACGCCCACUGGUCCGGAAAACCUUCAGAGCCUCAAGCUGUACGGCGGCCUGGAAGAAUUGCCGAAAUGGAUCAUCGGGCUGCAGAAUCUCGUGAAGAUGAACCUAUCGUUCACCAGGCUCUUAGGCAACCGUGCAGCCAUGGAGGCCCUUGGGAACCUGCCAAACCUAUCCAUUCUGCGUGUGUGGGAAAGCUCACUUAAGAUGGAUGUACUCCAGUUCCGGAGUGGCCUUUUCAGAAGGCUCACGGUGCUCGAUCUUUUCUGCAUAGAUAUGGAAAUCAAUCUAGUGGGGUUUGCGGAAGAAUCAAUGGCCAAUCUUGAGCUGCUGGUCCUUCGCCUUGCAGAUAAUGAAUGUGCCUUCUCUGGGCUACAACAUCUCCAAAGCAUCAAGGAAAUACGGCUCCGUGUUAAAUUUACCAUCAAUUUUGUGGGAUUUCCGGAAGACAUGGCAUUGGAAGAAGUGGAGAAAGAAGCAAACAAGAAAACAAAACUCAUGAAAGAAAAACUCAGGGAGGAGUUUCGGAUCCAGCUUGAUAAGAAUAAGAAUCGACCCGUGUUGAGGGUGCAAUGAGCUCAGAAACCUGGAGCAACUUCUGUCCUAAAUAUCCUGAGUGGCUGCCAUGCUAUGCUGUUGGAGAAUAUAUAUUUUAUCUAUUCCUUUGUUUUAAUUCUUGAAUCCCGUGUUAUAUUGCUGUUCUGCAGCUGUUACAGGCGGGUUAUUUUUUUCUAAUUUGGGGCUUUCUUUGACAUG